AAGAAAUAUAUUUACUUAUCAAGAUGUUGUACAUAAUAUUAAAAUAUGCAACAUAAUUUAAUUGAAAAAAUGAAUACCUUGUUAGUUUUACUUGCUGUAACAAUUGCUAUAUUGACUGAUAAAUCUACAGUAACACCGCCUUCAUCAGACGAGCGUGUGACAGUUGAGUGUAUGGCCAGAAAUGUGAAGAUGAAAUUUACACCAUCGAAACACUUCCAAGCAAAACUAGGCGUUGAGAUGAAUUUCAACAAGAUAGGUUGUUUCGAAUAUGGUGAUCCUGGCAAAGAAGUUGCGCUUGUUGUUAACUUCAAACAUUGCACCAACAAAAAUCAUACAUUUGAACUGCGUAUACUCGAGAAGUACAAGGGUUUGGAACAUGAUCCUGAUUUCAAGAAAAAGAGGGCUACUCGCGUCUCAUAUGCUACUAUCACAUGUCCUCCGUUUCCAAAAAUACCAGCCGAUACGCGUUUCGUAUCUGCGCAAAUCGAGUUCGAUGAAGUAAGUGUUUCAUCCAAUAAUAGUGAAGCUUCUAGUGAAGCUCCUAGUGAAGCUACUAGUGAAACAUCUAGAGAAUCUUUAAGUGAAUUUGAUAUUUCCAUAGACAGCGUUGUUAGUUUGAUGAAAGAAGAAAUUAUUGAUAAUAGAAAAGUUAAAGUAACAUAUUCUCAAUUUAAAAACUUUUUAUUAAUAAGCUAUAAAUAUUCUGAAGACGAUCCGGAUAGUCCACCAAUUGAGGCUAAACUUAUAAUUCUUUAA